CAAAGCUCGUGUACAUACUCUAACACAAGAAUGAAGCUGAUUGUUUUGCUCUUUUUGCUCGUCGCAAUUUUCCUCGCCGAUCGUAACACGGCGGCUUUUUCGAGCAGUCGUGAGAAGCGAGAAGCCGUCGCCUAUUCCGACCCGGAUCCAAAACCAGUAGUUUCCAUGCUGAUGGAGGCCGUUUGCAAGCACCAGCUGAAGGAUUUCACCUCGCCCGAAGAUUACUGCCGCGAAAAGAGCCACAAGAUAGUGCAACAUUUGGCUCAAAUGUGCUACAAAGUGUCGAAAAAAUUCUGUCACGCCGCCAAAAUGUGGAAUAAACACAUCUCUUGCCAGCGCUGGUUCGAUAGAACGAUAUGUGCCACAUUCGAGGACACAGCUGAUGAUACUGAAAAUAAAUCCGAAUCGACUGAAAAUGAUGUGGAAUCAAAAAAAAAUGUCACCAGUGUUAAUUUACAACCGUCAAUAUUCGAAGGCUUACUAAUCAAAAAGUGCCUGAAACCAUUUAGGAUCGUGAUGGAGAAACAAAAUCUAACGAACACCGAGUUCGAUGUAGACAAAUUCUGCGAACACGCGAAAAAAAUGUUCAGAAGCUCGUGCCAGACCGCAGUGAAGGAGUAUGUUUGCGCGGUAUUCGUUGGAGUCGAAUCCCUUUGCAAGCUAAUUUUACCGAAGCUGAUAUGUUAAUGAAGAAAUUGGGAGACGAGAAUCUGCAAAUUGAAAUACACACAG